UUGUGUUAUCGUUUAUUCGUAUACUACAACAACCACCGUCACCCCCAAUGAAAGCGAGGCAGUGUAAACACAACUCCAGGAACAUGAAAAGAUCGGGUGACAGUGAGGGGGAGAAGAGAAGAAAGAGGAGGAGGUUACUGCAGGAGUUGGGAGACCAGAAGAUCCCCUUUCUGGGACCUUCAGACAGGGGCUUUCAGCAACUGUGGGAUUCCAGUUACUCUGGCCUGGUGCUGAGGAGAUCCUGUUCUCUGCCUGUUGAGCUCCAUGGCCGUGUACAAGCAGCUCUUCUCACCCUGAGAAAGAAAGGUUGUCUCCUGAGGGAUUUGGUUCGGGUGCGUGACAGAGAUGUGUUCACUGCUGUAUCACGGGCUUUGCUGGGUGAGCCAGGCCACACCUAUCGCUACCUGGACACUCGGCUCUUUGCCAUCCCAUGGCACAGUGAGGACGGCGAAGUCAAAGGAAAAAACUGUUGUGAUGCUGACUUGAGGGGCGCUUGCAAGGCAUUGUGGGAGCUUAACACCUUCUUCUGCUCUGAUGUGUCUCAGCUGAAGGAAGGAGACAGACUUACACAAUGUGCAAAGGUGGGGGAUGUAGAAGCUAAACAGGGUGAGGAGGGGGACACAGAGUCUAAACACAGUGAAGAGUCCAAGAACAGUGAAGGUGGAGACUCAGAGUCCAGACAAAGUGAGGAGGGGGACACAGAGUCCAAGCACAGCGAGGAGUGGGACAUUGAGUCAAAACACAGUGAAGAGGGCUGCUCUGGGUCAAAACAAGAGGGGGAGUGGGAGACUGAGUCCAAACAUAGCAGUGAGGAAGGGGAGUCCUCCCAAGUCAAACCAGGUGAAACAGGUAUUGCAGGAAGGCCUGAACAUGAGGGAAAAUGCUCCGGCUGGGAGCCUAAGGCUGUUAGAGACACAGUCACUGGGCCUGGGGGACUACGGGCCCUGGAGAAACCUGUGGCCCAGCUCAAGCACAAGAUGUCAGGUUACCACAUUGAGGAUAAAGAGGAACAGUCAAGUGGACAGGGUUGCUCUCAGCCCAGUCCCCCGCAGGUUUGCACUGGCCCGGUCAAAUUCAAUGUCACCUUACUCAACUAUAUGGACCCAGCAGCUAUGAGUCAGCUCAAAGAAGAGCCUUACUAUGGCAUGGGAAAGAUGGCGGUAGGGUGGCACCAUGAUGAGAACCUGAUCUGCCAUUCUCCAGUAGCUGUUUACAGCUAUAGCUGUCGUGAUGAAAAAGGUGAGAGCAGUGAGGGAGGCAGCACUGAAAAGGCAUUCUGGAGGAUUGGGCUCAAGGUUGCCUGGGACAUCCACACACCUGGCCUGAUGCUGCCACUGGAGUCUGGAGACUGCUAUUACAUGAGAGAUGACCUGAACAGUACCCACCAGCAUUGUGUCCUUGCUGGAGAGACUGCACGCUUCAGCUCCAACAGAGUGGCUGAGUGUUCCAGUGGGACCCUGACCUACAUCCAGUCAAGGUGCCAAGAGGCCCUGUCCAACCUGCACACGGACCCUGAGACGGGCUCCCACAGCCUGCUGGCCCUUCUGCCGACGACUCUGCAGCACUGUGAGGAGAUUCACAAUGAGGUGGAGUUUGAGUGGCUGCGACAGUACUGGUUCCAGGGCCAGCGUUACGCCCGCUUCUGCAGCUGGUGGACCAGACCGAUGGAGCAGCUGGAAAAGGACUGGAGGCUCAUGGAGACCAUGACGAUGCUUUUCCUGGGCAAGGUGGAGGAGGAGGAGAACCAAGCAGGGGAAGGCAGGAGGGAGAUGGCAGAAAUCUUGCUCUCUGCCUUGUCAGACAGACACCAGCAAAGACAGACAUGGAGAGACAGGUGCCACUCAAGUCUGGCCCAGACAUUACCCCCUGAGGAGGCCCCCGUGGACCGGCCCUUUUGGGGAGUGGAUGACCAGAGCAUGCCACUCCCCUUUGACCUGGCGGAUAUCAUCAACAGAGUGGAGUCUCUUCUCUGGAGAAUGUGAAGGACAUAUGGAAGGAAGAUGAGGAAAAACCCACCAGCUCUUCUGAAUGGCCCCCACAUCACCUGAAGGAGAGACCACUAACAAAUCUGUUGUGAUCUCACCAAGAUUUUCUUUUGAUUGGGGCAUCUUCACCUCUCCUCCUCCCCAUAUACCCCCUCCUCCACCCUCCACGACCCUAACCGACCCCUGGUCCUCUUUGGCGUCUCAGCCAGCCCAGGCUUGGAACUGGCUGGACGGGAACCAGACCACCACAAUAGUACCACAGUAGUGCUUCAGUAACAUGCUAACAAGCUUAACAAGCUACUAUAGUGUCACAACGGUCUAACGAAACAUAAGUGGAACCUGCAUUUCAGUGUUAGCAUACAUUGUGUAACUAUUUAUUAUUUCAGUGUACUCUGUUACUUAAACUCAUGUAACCCAGACAUGCUUUUAUCAGUGGAUUGACUCAUUCUCAAUAGUCACAGUACAGUACAUACAUAUAUGCUUUCAACUUUUCACAUAGUGUUAUAAUACAGUAUAGAAUGGUAAGAAAACUCAUUUUGCUCACAUGGUAUUGCGUUCUUCACUUGUGUAUAGUGUAAUCCUAUUCAUUGUGUUCAGAAGUAGAAGAGCCUGAAGAGACCAAAGGAAGAUAUGAUAAGAAAGUUAUGAAUGUCACCCCUUGGAGAACAUGAAGAAUGUCCUGUUUUGUGUUUACGGUGUGAUGGUAUGCUUGUGCCAUUUUACUAUGUGACAGUGUGUAUGUCUUCGUGUGCGUAGAUUUCGCCAUGUGAGUAUACAUGUCGUCUGCUUGUGUGUUUGUGCAUGUGCACGUACACUCUCCCACAUGUCUAAAUGAAGGCGUGUGUGUAUGAAUGUGAUAGUGUGUCUGAGCCUUUAGGCAGCCUGCCAGUUGUUUGUUCUUGAAGAUGUGCAUAUGGGGAAAAAGAGACUAGCAGCAGGGCCCCUCUGCCUCUGCUCUGAUGAAAGGCAGCACUGAUAGAAUGACCCGGAACACAACCGCCGUUUCUCAUAAUUACAGCUGUUCAAUCGCUUUUAAUUACUCUUAAAGUGUGUAGAGCACCACAUUCCCCUGUAAUGCUGCAGGCCAUCCGAGAGAGUGAGAGAAAGAUCCGGCGCUUCUGACAAAAUCCACUUUCAAAAAAGCUAAAAAGGGUGGAAAAGGGGGCCGACGUCAAAGCAGUGUAGCAGCCCUCCUUGUUUGAUUUCUCUCUAUCUGGUUCAUGAUGAAGUAGAGACGCUGUUUACUAUUAAAAAUGCAGAAUGCACUCCUUUUUUUACUUCUUGAAGUUUUUUCCAAGAUGUUAAUGGUUGCCAAACGCUGUUCUUCUUGCUUCUUCUUUUGCUGCGCCUCUGUUGUUUGUUGUUGUCUGAGAGAUUUGUUUGUAGAUUGGCAGUAGCGUUGAAAUGUUUGAAUCACUCUGUGCUCCCUGCGCCACAGCUUGUCUGUCUGAAGCAAUAGGAAUGGCAGUAAAUAAAAAAUGUGUUUUAUCCAGCGACCUGCA